AUGGGUCAGAUGGAGCUGCUCGUCAAACACCUCCUGCCUUUGGCCACGCCCCCCUCCUCCUCUCAGCUCACUAAGGUCUAUGAGAGAGGAACCAACGUGGAGCAGUUCGUGACCCGCUUCCUGCUGAAGGAAUCGGCCAAUCAGAUCCAGUCUCUGCUCAACUCCGUAGAGAGCGCCGUGGACGCCAUUGACGAGCAGCACAGCCAAUCAGGUCAUUUACCUGCUAAGGUCAGUCCACGGGUGACCGAAAAGCGCUACGACAACACCGUCCCUGACUACCCUCCGAACAACAGAGUCAGCGCCAGGGAGGCAGUGAGGACCAUUAACACUGCUGCAGGUGCAGUGGAGGUGAGGAAAGAAGGUCUGGAGGCUCAGAUCAACCGUCUGGCUGAACUAAUCGGACGACUGGAGAACAAGACGGUCUGGUUCGAUCUGCACCAGAGGCUAACAGACACAGACGGCACCACCAGCGCAGUAAGUACAAACUACAUGAAUGAACGCCUGUGUGUUAAAGGUGCAGUCUGUGUGAAUUCUGUUCUCAGUCUAAAAUGGUCCUGACUGUCACAGACACGAAGGAAUCCUGUUCAUUUAAAUCCUGAUCUCACUGACAGUAGUAUUCCAGACAGAAUAUUCACAUUUAAAGCUCAGUG